CGCGCGUUGCCGUUGGUGAGUUUCUCCCAUUAUGGCGGAAGGACCAGCCGUGCGGAUGGACCGUCUCUCCCACUCUGAUGCCUGUUUUGUGUCUUGAAGGGAGAGCUUUUAUUUUUAUGUUUUUUACGUUUUCCCGCGACCCCCCGGCGUCCUUUCGACUCGACUAGACUCUCGCGUUCGUCGGCGAAGUCAUGGCAGACCGCGGCGUGGAUUUGUCCGCCCUGCCAAAAGAGGUUAGAGACCAGUUGGCGGAGUUGGAUCUGGAGCUGUCUGAAGGUGACAUCACGCAGAAGGGCUAUGAGAAGAAGAGAGCCAAGCUGCUGGCCUCCUACAUCCCACAUUUGCCAAAUGUGGAUUUGUCUCUGCCAGAUGUGCAGCUUUCCCCGAGCCACAGUGCCGACCCCAGCCCGAGUCCUGAGGCCCCGGGCCCCUCCACCUCUUCAGCCUCCAAACACCAUCGUGCACACCGCAGUGGAGGGGCCAGGGAUGACCGCUACAGAUCCGAUAUCCACACAGAAGCUGUGCAGGCAGCGCUGGCAAAACACAAAGAAGAGAAGAUGGCACUGCCCAUGCCAACCAAGAGGCGCUCAGCAUUUGUCCAGUCUCCCAUAGACACCUGCACACCUCCAGACACAUCUUCUGCAUCAGAGGAUGAAGGCUCACUGCGUAGAAAGGCAGCUCUUGCUGCAGUCCUCGCCCAGAACCUGCAGAGCCCCGAUUACUGGAUCAACCGCUCCGUCCAAAGCUCUUCCACGUCCUCAUCUGCUUCCUCCACACUCUCCCAUGGAGAGCCCAAGACCCAGCCACAGCCCCAACCGCCGCCUGCUGCCUCCGUGUUAGCCGACGUACUGGCACACACACGCAUAGAAAACAGCGUCCCCCCAGAUGUGACAUCCUCCACUCCACAGGAGAGAGGAUCCAGGGUGGACCUUCCCCCAGCGGUCAGGGGCAUGAGCCGAGGACAGAGCCGCUCCAGCAUGCUGGAUACUGCUGACGGCGUGCCUGUCAACAGCAGGGUGUCCACCAAGAUCCAGCAGCUGUUGAACACGCUCAAACGGCCCAAAAGGCCACCACUCAGCGAAUUCUUCCUGGAUGACUCUGAGGAAAUUGUAGAAGUUCCCCAGCCAGACCCCAACACACCGAAGCCUGAGGGACGGCAAAUCAUCCCAGUGAAGGGGGAGCCCCUCGGGGUGGUCAGUAACUGGCCUCCUGCCCUGCAAGCUGCCCUCGCCCGCUGGGGGGCCACCCAGGCCAAGAGCCCUGCCCUCACUGCUCUGGACAUCACUGGCAAACCUCUCUACACACUCACAUACGGCAAACUAUGGAGUCGCAGUCUGAAGCUGGCCUAUACGCUGCUGAAUAAACUGGGCACUAAGACUGACCCUGUCCUACAACCUGGAGAUCGGGUGGCGUUGGUGUAUCCAAACAGUGACCCAGGCAUGUUCUGGGUGGCUUUUUAUGGCUGUCUGUUAGCUGAAGUCAUCCCUGUGCCCAUUGAGGUGCCGCUGUCACGACAGGAUGCAGGCAGCCAGCAGAUUGGCUUCCUACUGGGCAGCUGUGGUGUGAGUUUGGCGCUGACCAGUGAGGUGUGUCUCAAAGGGCUGCCCAAGACACCAAAUGGAGAAAUCAUCCAGUUCAAAGGAUGGCCAAGGAUGAGAUGGGUGGUGACAGAUACCAAGUACCUGACCAAACCAUCCAAAGACUGGCAGCCUCACAUCCCCACUGCCAACACAGACACCGCCUACAUCGAGUACAAAGCCAGUAAGGAGGGAACAGUGAUGGGAGUCGCUGUGUCCAAGAUCUCCAUGCUGACCCACUGUCAAGCCCUGACACAAGCCUGUAACUACUGUGAAGGCGAGACUCUAGUCAAUGUGUUGGACUGCAAGAAGGAUAUGGGCUUGUGGCACGGCGUCUUGACGAGUGUCAUGAACAGAAUUCACACCAUUACCGUGCCAUAUGCUGUCAUGAAAGCCUGUCCCAUGUCCUGGGUGCAGAGGGUCCACAUUCACAAAGCACGUGUGGCCUUGGUGAAGUGCCGUGACCUCCACUGGGCCAUGAUGGCCCACAAGGACCAGAAGGACACCAACUUGUCCUCUAUCCGUAUGCUAAUAGUGGCUGAUGGAGCCAACCCAUGGUCCGUGUCGUCGUGUGACGCCUUCCUGAAUGUGUUCCAGUCUCAUGGUCUGAAGCCUGAGGUCAUUUGUCCUUGUGCCACCUCUCCUGAGGCUCUGACUGUGGCCAUUCGCAGACCUGGAGCACGAGGAGCUCCACUCCCAGCCAGGGCCAUCCUGUCCAUGGGCGGUCUCAGUCAUGGGGUGAUCAGGGUGAACACAGAAGACAAGAACUCUGCUCUCACUGUGCAGGAUGUGGGCCACAUCAUGCCUGGAGCACUGAUGUGCAUCGUGAAACCAGACGGGCCUCCUCAGCUGUGCAAGACCGAUGAGAUUGGAGAGAUUGUGAUCAACUCUCGAGCUGGAGGAACAAUGUACUACGGCCUGCCGGGGGUCACCAAAAACACAUUUGAGGUUAUACCUGUGAACCAAGCUGGAGCUCCCAUUGGAGAAAUUCCUUUCAGUCGGACCGGUUUACUCGGAUUUGUGGGACCGGGGAGUCUGGUGUUUGUUGUGGGGAAGAUCGAGGGGCUCCUGAUGGUUAGCAGCCGACGGCAUAAUGCUGACGACCUGGUGGCCACCGCGCUGGCAGUGGAGCCUGUCAAAACAGUUUACAGAGGGAGGAUUGCUGUGUUCUCGGUGACAGUGUUUUAUGAUGAGAGAAUAGUGAUUGUGGCAGAGCAAAGGCCUGAUGCCAGUGAAGAAGACAGCUUCCAGUGGAUGAGUCGAGUACUGCAGGCCAUCGACAGCAUCCACCAGGUCGGCCUGUACUGCCUCGCCCUCGUCCCAGCCAACACCCUCCCAAAGACGCCACUCGGGGGAAUCCACAUCUGUGAAACCAAGCAGAACUUUCUGGAGGGGAACCUGCACCCCUGCAACAUCCUCAUGUGCCCUCACACCUGUGUUACAAACAUGCCCAAGCCCCGGCAGAAGCAGCCAGUGGACGUCGGUCCAGCUUCGAUGCUGGUCGGCAACCUGGUGGCGGGAAAACGGAUCGCCCAGGCAACAGGCAGAGAGCUGGGUGUGGUGGAGGACCAGGAUCUCAUUCGCAAGCUCUGUAUGUGGCCCACCAUGAUGCACCAGUUCUUGUCUGAAGCUCUGCAGUUUAGAGCCCAAACCGACCCCGACCAUGUUCUGUACGUGCUGCUCAAUGCAAAGGGGGUAGCAGUGUGCACGGCCACCUGCGCUCAGCUUCACAAGAGAGCAGAGAAAAUCACAGCGACCUUAAUGGAGAGAGGAGGCCUCAACACAGGAGACAACGUGGUGCUGCUUUAUCCCCCAGGUAUCGACCUGAUUGCUGCCUUCUAUGGCUGCCUCUAUGCGGGCGUCAUCCCUGUGACAGUGAGGCCGCCACACCCACAGAACCUGGCUGCUACCCUCCCCACUGUCCGCAUGAUCAUCGAUGUGAGCAAAGCAGCCUGCAUCCUCACCACUCAGCCUCUGAUGAGGAUCCUCAGGUCCAGGGAGGCUGCUGCCAGCGUCAACGUCAAAACGUGGCCCACCAUCAUUGACACAGAUGAUCUCCCCAGAAAGCGGCCUCCACACAUCUAUAAACCUCCUACGGCUGAGAUGCUGGCCUACCUGGACUUCAGUGUGUCCACCACAGGCAUGCUGACUGGAGUCAAGAUGUCUCAUGCUGCAGUCAGCACUCUGUGCCGCUCCAUCAAGCUGCAGUGUGAACUCUACUCGUCACGCCAAAUAGCCAUCUGCCUGGACCCUUACUGUGGCCUGGGCUUCGUCCUGUGGUGCCUCUCCAGUGUUUACUCAGGUCACCAGUCCAUCCUUAUUCCUCCCCUGGAGCUGGAGAGUUCGCUGCCUCUGUGGCUGAGCACGCUCAGUCAGUACAAGAUCAGAGACACCUUCUGCUCGUACUCCGUCAUGGAGCUCUGCACCAAAGGCCUGGGAACCCAGACCGAGAUGCUGAAGGCUCGGGGUCUGAAUCUGUCGUGUGUUCGGAGCUGUGUGGUGAUAGCAGAGGAGCGUCCUCGCCUGUCCCUCACGCAGUCCUUCUCCAAACUCUUCAAGGACCUCGGCUUGUCGUCACGCGCCGUCAGCACCGCCUUCGGCUCCAGGGUCAACCUGGCCAUCUGCCUGCAGGGCACUGCUGGACCAGAUCCCUCCACCGUCUACGUUGACAUGAAGUCUCUCCGUCACGACAGGGUGAGGUUAGUGGAACGAGGAGCGCCACAGAGUCUUCCUCUCAUGGAGUCGGGCACUAUCCUACCGGGAGUGAGGGUCAUCAUAGUCAACCCAGAAACCAGAGGCCCGCUGGGAGACUCACACCUGGGGGAGAUCUGGGUGAACAGCCCUCACAGCGCCAGCGGCUACUACACCAUCUAUGGAGAGGAGAGCCUGCAGGCGGAUCAUUUCAACACCAGACUCAGCUUCGGGGAGCCUCACACUCUGUGGGCCAGGACGGGCUACCUGGGCUUCAUCAAGAGAACCGAGCUGCUGGAUGCAAGUGGAGAUCGCCAUGAUGCCUUGUUUGUGGUGGGCUCCCUUGAUGAAACGUUGGAGCUGAGGGGUUUGCGUUAUCACCCCAUCGACAUCGAGACGUCCGUGUCCCGAGCCCACCGCAGCAUCGCAGAGAGUGCUGUGUUUACAUGGACCAACCUGCUGGUGGUGGUGGCGGAGCUGAGCGGCUCGGAGCAGGAAGCCUUGGACCUGGUGCCCCUGGUCACCAACGUGGUCCUGGAGGAGCACCACCUCAUCGUGGGGGUGGUGGUCAUCGUGGACCCCGGGGUGAUCCCCAUCAACUCCAGAGGAGAGAAGCAGAGGAUGCAUCUGCGAGACUCCUUCCUGGCAGACCAACUGGACCCCAUCUACGUGGCCUACAACAUGUGAACGUCUUCACCGAGCGACGCGGGAAACUGAGCCGGGCUCUGAGAACAGACGUGAGGGAGAAGGACUCGGGGUGUGAACGGUAGCGACCCCGACGUUGAAGCGCAGACACACCUUCAAGACACCAAACAGUGUGGGAACGCGAGAACAGCCCUGAAACAACAACGACGAAGACAUGCUUCCCUCUCAGAAACUGCUCCUUCUUUGCUUCCACCUGUUCGAUCGCUGCAGUCCACAGAGCUCUGCUGUGGAGGAAGAUGUUUUCUCCUCUUGAUGGUAGACAUAUCUGUCAGCCGGAUGAAAGCUGAUCUUCAUCCUCUCCCACUCCUCCCUCAUCAAUUCAUAUUUUUAAAGACAAUUUUCAAUUACAUCCUUUUACCGGAGAAAGAAAAACCUCCCCUCAUUCCAUUCCUUUGUUUAUAUCCUGAACCAUUAAUCUUUGUGUGCUUGUUUUGUUUUUUUGGUCGUUUUCGUUUUACCCCCUCUGAUCCUGAAGGCGGGAUGGCGCACUGGAGCUUCCCCCCCUUUGCACUUUACGUCCUCUUUCACCCCUGAGUUCACUUUCUGUCUCGCCUGCCUCAAGGGGACACCCCCCACGUCUGCUGCUUUCACAACAGCAAAUCCACAUCAGUAUUAAAAUUUUUAAAAAUAGAAAAAGUGCCACCAGCAGGUGCAGCCCGCAGCGGCAGUCCUGACAUGUCAGCUUCCUAGCAGGUGCACCGUGGCUUCUUUCACUUCUCGUCACAUACUGUAUCUGCCAGCAGACGAGGCGUCGGCGUUCACGUGCUCCACAAUACAAAAUGUCCGAAAAAUACACUUGAAUGGCCUGUUGGUGUGGGAAAAGAAAGACGAGCCUCCUACAUGUACAAACUCUGAUAGCAAAUAUGAAACAGAUUCUUCAUUUUCAGUGUGAGUAGGACAGUUAGGUAGUUCGUACGGUCGUGAUAGUGCUAAUAACCGAUCUUUUUUUAAAGGCACCAAUUGUUCAGAACAAGGUUUGAAGCUACGCCUGGUGUUUGGGUUGAAAAGGAAAAACUGUAGCAAGCCAAGCAGUCAGUGGGUUGGUUUUUCACUGCCUUUGCUGGAUGUUUAACCACAGAUUGUGCCUCCAGUGUGUUACUUUUAGAGUCACAGUGCUUCCAUUUCUCAAAUACGUAAAUACUCAGUGUUCUAUAAAACGCUGAGGAUUGUUAAAUAAUAUGAAAAACUACAGUAGCUAUCUGUAGGUUUACUGAUGUGCUGCACGGUGAACUUUUUGAACCCAGUUUGGAGCUGAAAAUGACAUCUGGCACUCCUUUUCUUGAAAGCAUACAAUAUUGAAAAGGAGCAUUUAUUUUACUCCAAUAUAAUUUCUGAUCAUUUCUACAUUUAGAUUAAAUCUACAAAUUAAGAUAGCGCUCAUAAGUUUACAUGCACUGGCAGAUUUAGUAAAAUAUGUUUCAUUCUCCAAUGAAAACAUGAAGGAUCAGAGGAAAAACAAUUAUAUGACAAUAAAUAAGUUUGUCUGACUACUAACCCUAAAUGAAAGAAACGUUUUUCCAUCAAAUGUAUUUUCUAAAUCAAAAAAAGGACAAUAUUUCACAAAUGUUGCCAGCGUAUGUAAACUUAUGAGCACAAUGGAGCCUCUGGCUAUCAUUUUGGGAAUCUGGUUACAAUAAUUAACUAGCAAACAAUAUUUUUAUCCAACUGGUGAUUCUCUUUGAAACAGCAGCGUGUGUGUUUAUCAACCUUCUGUACGUUUCUGUUUUUAUCUCAGCUCUGUGACUCAGAAGUAAUCCAUCGCAGCCACAAACUGGUGUCGGCAGAUUUAAUCCUGACAUAUCUCUGAAACUCUGAAAACAGCAGUUGACAAAGAAAGUUUUCCUGAAGUCCUACGUGUGCUCAGACCUGGCGAUUAACGCGUCGUAAUAGAGUUUAGAGUCCUGCAACAAGUGGACCUUGAAAUAAUUUUUUUUUUUUGUCAAAAGCUGGUUUCACAGGACGACUCCGUUUCCAGGCUUUACCUGAGCUGCUAGCUUUCAGUCCGAGUGUCGUUUUCCCACCAGAAACCGAAGAACAUCUUUCUCUUAAUGCCGCAGUCGAUUACGUAAAUCAUCAGAAGGCAAGUCGGUGCCUUUUAUCGUUGUGACAUUUAUGAUUUUGGAGUAUCUAAAAAAUGAGGAGAGAACUUUGCCUUACUAACCCUGUGGAGCUUCUGUGUAUUUUAAAAAACAGUUCCACCAAAUCAGACGCCAGGUUUGAACUAAAAACACGCUCAUGUCACAUGUUUUUAGAGGAAGGGGGGGGUGUCUUGUUUUUGUUUUUUUUUCUUUUAAGUUUGCGGUCAUGCCUUUCUGAUUUGAACAUUAACGCCAUUCCUUCUGAAUGUCUUAACACUGAAAAAAAUAAAUUAGGAACAAUCCGUAAGCAACCUGUGACUUAAAGAAAAAAAAUCAUCCUUUAAAAGAAAAAAGUACAAUAAAUGAGGGUAAAGAUGUCUGUAUACUGUAUUUUAGAGGUCAGAUACUGUAUUACUGGUGUUCAUGUGUACAUGGAAAUCAAUUCUGUAGAUAAAAACUUGACUGAUCUUUCAUACUUGACAGCAUUUUUCUGCAUUGUUAAUUUAAUCGUAUCACAUCACAAAAGACACAAAAAGGUUUCCGAUUAUUUGGGCAGGAACAAUGUGCACUUUCCCAGUAUCAUUUUACGUGUGAGAGAGAGAGUGUGUGUCGGUGAGCGUGUGUGUGUGUGUGCUCAGUUUGAUGGUGAUAUUUGGCUUUUAUGGUGCAACAAGGUUCGUCUUUUGUAAGAAAUUUAUCCCAAAAUAUUGAACCAUCUUUUUUUUUUUACUUCUUUUUUUAAUGUCGCCUCCACUGUAUUUUUACUCUCUCCAUCCAUGAUUGGAAUUUAAUAUAUUUUGUAGGGGUUUCAUCGAUACUUUUCCUGAUGUAAUCUUUAUUUGGAGCUGCACAACUUCUGCAAAACGGCUGCUUUGACUCUGAAGCGGCUCGACGUCGAUAAACCACUUUUCACUCACGUGUGCGAGCCAGUAAGUUACUCAUUAAUAACGAAGAGAAGCCUCAGAGCUCCUCUGUGACAAUUGCUUUGUCGCUACUGUUUCACUCCAAUGAGUUUUAAUAAAGUUUUAUAAUUUCAUGUUGGCCUUCAAGCCUUUUCAAUAGACACUGGUGCUAUUCAAUAAGGGAAGUUGCCAGGUUUUUUUCUUCUUUUCUGUCCUCCAAUGUCAUGAACAAAAAGGUUUCUUCCUGGAUGCCCUUUUUGUGUGAAAAUCGGUCGUUCUUUUUCCAUGCCAACGUCUUUAAAGUUUUCGCUCUGUCCAUUCUGAAACUAAAAAUCUCUCAACAGGCAACUCGACACGGACAAUGCAACCUGACAUAUCCACAAACAGCUCUGUCCGUUUGCGAAGUUGCGUUGAGAGGAACGGCGCGCCUACGUUUCAAACCUCCAAAGUUAUUCUAAGCACAAAAUGUACAUGUGAGGUAAAUGAAAUUUGGAUCUUUUCACACAAAAUCGAAAAUCUCAAGGGCCCACAAUGUAUACCUCAACAACUGUCUGUUCACUAUGCAUCGUCGAGCUGCAGCAAAGACAUUCUGAACUAGUCAAUGGUGCGAUAACUUCUAACAUGUCUUACUUGACAAAAACACUGUCACACUGUCAUUGGAUGUGUUUCAUGUCAAAUAAAAAAAAUGCUUUGUCAGAGUUC